GGCGUGUCAGUGUCAGUCAGUUGAAUCUUUAUACAGUGUGUGUUACCGCGGUAGCACAACACGCGUGGCAGGUACAAAAUUAUAUUAAGUUCACUAACAAAACAGCGUGUUAUUUGGUGUUUUAAAACAAAAUCCCGAAACAAGAGUUUACUAUUUUUGAAAUGAUAUUGAAUUAGUGAUUUGUUUUUUUAAAAUUAAAAGUGCAUUACGAAAGUUAAAAAGGAAAAAUGACGACGAGACUGUUUUCCCUACGUUUGGGAAUAUUAGUCAUUGCUUGUUAUUUAUUGGGCGUUGUCGGACAAUUUGAAUGGCAAGACAGAGAUGCAUACGAUGAAAUUCGAAAUAAAAUGGAUCGAGUCACUGGUGAAAAUUGUCAAAUUCAACAUCUGGGAGAUUUGUUUUUACCCGAGGAUUCAGUUUCACAUUUGCCUGAUAUCAAAGAUUUAAAUGUUAAUCCAGUAUUCCCUAACAGAACUGCAUUACUUCAUCUACAUAAUAUGGCCUUAAGUCGGUCCUAUUUUUGGAGUUAUAUACUUCAAUCGAGAUUUAUUCGACCAGCUAUUAAUGACACAUACGAUCCUGGUAUGAUGUAUUAUUUACUUUCAACAGUGGCAGACGUCUCUGCCAAUCCAUACAUUAAUGCAUCUGCAAUUUAUUUUGCUCCCAAUUCAACUUAUUCAUCAUCGUUUCGAGGAUUCUUUAAUAAAACAAUGCCAAGAUUUGCACCAAGGACUUUCAGAGAAGAUGAUUUUAACGAUCCCGUUCAUUUGGAAAGACUCUCGACGAGAAAUACUUUUAAAGUUUUAGAUCUUGGAGUGUUUCCUGCCGAUCGAAAAAGCGCCGAUUAUACCACUGAUUAUUACAGAAUUAAUGAAUGGUUCAAAAAAUGGUUGCCAGAUCCAAAUCUUAUAAAAAAGAGACAUGAUACCAAAACAACUUAUCAAGUGGAAAUAAGAUAUGCAAAUAACACUAAUGAAACGUUUACUUUCCAUGGACCACGAGCUGCGGAUGAAAUCCCUGGACCUGUUCACUUUACAAGACCCUAUUUCGACUGUGAGCGUUCUAAUCGUUGGCUUGUAGCCGCAGUUGUUCCUAUUGCUGAUAUUUACCCAAGGCACACAGGUUUCAGACACAUCGAAUACCCUACAUAUACCGCAGUUUCAGUGAUAGAAAUGGAUUUUGAUAGGAUUGACAUAAAUCAAUGUCCCAAGGGAGCUGGAAAUGAUGGUCCAAAUAGAUUUGCUAAUACAUCAAGAUGUAAAACGGAAACAACAGAGUGUGAACCCAUACACGGAUGGGGUUUUAGAAGAGGAGGAUAUCAAUGCAGAUGUAGACCGGGUCUGAGAUUACCCACGGUAGUCAGACGACCCUAUCUCGGUGAAAUAAUUGAGAGGGCCACACAAGAAGAAUAUUACAACAAUUUUGAUUGCACCAAAAUAGGAUGGAUUCACAAAUUACCAGUACAAUGGGAACAUAUGAAACCGCACAUGCGAGAAGGAUAUUUGGAUCGAUAUCGAGAGUACAAGGGUAAUUUUUCAGGAGCUGGCAGCUUAGAAACGGAGAAAAUGAACAUUGACAAUGUUUUGAAAUUUAUUGCAAGUGUUAAUGCAAAAACUUGCUCAAAGUAUACUUCCAAACAACUACAAUUGCGAGGUGAUAUUGCUUUUGGAGCUGAAGAUUAUUAUGAGAAUCAAGCGAAAAUGGCAACCAGGUUGGCCAAUUUUAUUAGUGCAUUUUUACAAAUGUCAGAUCCUAAAGAAGUUUACUCGGGUAAAAGAGUAGCUGAUAAACCGCUAACAGAAGAUCAAAUGAUGGGUGAAACUUUGGCUUUAGUUCUUGGUGAUUCGAGAAUAUGGUCUGCUGGAAUGUAUUGGGAUCGAAAUAAAUUUACCAAUAGAACCUUCUUUGCUCCCUAUGCCUAUAAAGAAAUUUUAAAUACAAGGAAAUUUAAACUAGAAGAUUUGGCUAGAUUAAAUGACACACAGGAUGUUUAUACCAAAAAACCUUGGUUCAAAUUUUUAAAACAAAGAUGGGCGACUAAUCAUGACGAAUUGGAAAAGUUCUAUGUAAAAAUAAUGCUUAGACAUAACGAAACUGGCGAUGAACUGCCCAAGAAAUACGAACGUUUCCCUGCCUUCUACAGCGCAGCAAACCUGAAUCAUGGCCAUUGGACAACUCCUUACUUUGAUUGUAACGGCAAAGUGAAGAAAUGGGUAAUUACCUAUGCAUCCCCAUUUUUUGGCUUCUUGGGCAGCUCGAAAAAGAACCUGGAAUUCAAGGGUGUCGUUGCUGUUUCCAUGGAUUUGAGUGAUCUGGAUAUUAACCAGUGUGAUAAUAAAUAUUAUGUAGCGAACGCUUUUAAAGGAACGCACAAGUGCGACAGAAAAUCAUCAUAUUGUGUUCCAAUAUUAGGCAGACACUUUGAAACAGGAGGCUAUAAAUGCGAGUGUAAGCAGGGAUACGAGUAUCCAUUUGAAGAUCCAAUAACUUAUUAUGAUGGGCAACUGGUUGAAUCGGAGUUUACAAAUCUUGUUAGAGACAAAGAGACUAGGUAUGACAUGUUCAAAUGCCGAGUAGCCGGUGCAUCUUCAAUAGAAGCAAGUUACUCACUCCUAAUAUUAGUCAUAGCCGCUCUUUAUUCAUUUCAACGAAGGUAAAAUUAAUGUUCUCAUCAUAUUGAGAAUGUAAGAACGUUUUUGAGAUCUCAUUACUGUAUUGACCAAAAAGAAAAUACCGUCCAUUGUUAAGGUCACGUUUAAGACAAGUAUCGCCACAAUAAUUAAUACAAUGCAAUAGUAAAAGAAAAUUUUCCCAAAUUUAUGUCGUGAAUAAAACAACAGAGUACACUAAAAUAUUGAAGAAAUUAGUGAAUUAAAAAAAAGUGGAAUUAGAUUGGCUGAUAAAAUGAAGAUCAAGUUUUAUACAAAAAUUAAUUUUUUGUAUCAAUUGUAGUGGGAUCGAUUAUCUUAAGAGAAAUUAAUAUUCACAAUACGUGAAUAAGUUUUUUAAAUCUUGAAAAAAACACAAUAAUGCUGUCCAAAAUGUGUUAAUGUUUAUACUUUUUAAGAAAGCAUUUUUAAAGAUUUUAUAAAAUUACUUUAUAUAAUUUAAUGCCAUGUCAGUUCAAGUUCCGUCCGAAUAAUAUAAAUGUUAUGCAUUGUAUAUUUUAUAAAUUUUGAUAUUUAACAUUUAUACCAUAUUAAUGGCAUAAUGUCUUCGUAACAAAUUUUUAUACAUAUUAUUUUAUAAGAAAUCUUUUAAAAAAAUUUUAUUUACAAUUUUUAUAAAACGUACUAUUAGAAAUUUCUCAAAUUUUAUAGGCUAAAAAUAAUUUUAAAAAUUAAUAAUGAUCUGCUAAGUUAUACUCACUGGAAAAAUGAAUCUCAGAUUAUAGAAACAAUUUUUUUUAAAGAUGUUAACAUUUUUAUGCUACUAUACCUGUGCUUAUUAAUUAGGAUAGUUGUUUUUAAUCAAAUGAUAUUAUCUGUAAAAGUGCAAAUAUUGUAUUUAAAAAAGAACAAACGUUGAUACUCAAGUUCUAAACUGUAAAAGUGUUUUCGUUACAAAUUUUUGUAUACAUCAUUUUUAUAGAAAUUUAAAAAAAAUAUAUUUACAAGAUUAUUAUAGAUAAUGUUUAUAAAAAAAGCUAUUAGGCAUUUAUCAGUGAAUUUUAUACAUUAAAAAUUAUUUUAAAAUUGAUAAUAUUCAACUCGCUCGAAAAAUGAAUUUCAAAUUAUAGAAACAUUUUUUUAAAAGAUGUUAAAAUUUUAAAUGCUAACAAUGUUAGCAUAUAAGAUUUUUAAAAGAAUUUUAUGUGUUGAAAAUCGUUUUAACAAAAUCAAUAAUUGAUCUGUUAAGUUAUACUCGCUUGAAAAAUUAAUCUCAAAUUAUAGAAACAUUUUUUUUUAAAUGUUAAAAUUUAUACGAUAUAUUGUUGAAAAAAAAGAACAAAAGUUAAAUGAUAAUUCAGUUUUAAACAUGUAAAAGUGUUAAAAUUUGUUUUAUAGAUAUACAUGUAAACUUUGUAUUUUGAUACAGUUGUAAUAUUAGUUUUAAACAUUUUAAUUUUAGUUUUAAAUUUAAAGACUGUCAUUAUUAAAAUUCAUAAAUAAAAAUAACAGUCUGUAGUGCGUCUUGUCGGUGAGAAACAUUUCAUUAAAUGUAAUUAAAAUUCUCACAAAUAUCAAAUUUUUAUCUACAACUGUAUCAAACUGUUGUCUAGAAAUUAUUAUUAACAAUUAUAAUAAUAUUAGUUUACAAGACAUUGUAAUAAAUAUAAAAUAAUUCCGUCCUCGUUAGACUAGAAAACUUUGUGCCUUUACAUUUAAAACGUAAUGAGUCAUAAUUUAUAUUUGUUUGUGCAAUCAAACCUCUUUAAAUGGUAUAAAAAAGAAAUGGUACAUUUGAUUCUAUUUAAAGGUUCUCACUUAGAAAAUUUUUGUGAUAUAAAAAAUUGACUUUUUUUUCUUAUUUGGAUCCCCUUUGACUGGGUUUGACUGCACUUGCAAUUACAAUUUUUCCGUCAAUUAGUUUAAAGACAAGAAGAUGUAAAACUAAAAUCUUUUUAGAAAAAAAAAAGAAACCGAAAUUCCAUUGCAGAGACUAUUUUAAUUUUUAUACAUCUUUUUUUGUAUGUAUUUUGUAUAUUAUACAAAAAUGUAAAAUAAAAUUUUGAAAAUUUUUAAAUAAUAAAA